AUGUGGAGAUUUAAACUCCCCUCGUCAGAUGAGCUGGAAGGCAUGAUCUGUGAGCAUGUCCCCUCGUACCAAGCUAACCUUGCUCCUCCUAGGGAGUAUCCGUUGGCGACGCCGCUGGAGAAUCCCACCCUCACUAAUAACUCGCGUCUAUCACCAGGGCUCAAAGAGCAAACCCGAAACCCUGCCGCUUCGGAGGGUAGUGAUUCGGGCACAAUAUACAGAUAUCUGGACCAGGAAAAAAAUCCCGGCCGGCGGGAACAGGUGCGGUGGCGCAGUAAUGACCGGCGAGACCUAUCACGUUGGAGACGCAAUGUUUUCGAAUUGCUGGAGAUUCGGACGCCGAACUGGGCGGGGGGAUCUCUCCCAGUAGGAUUCGCCGGUGCAACAAUAUAUCAGAUUUUAUUUUUAAAAAAUGAAUAUUUUGAGUCUUUUGGCUGGGGAUGGAGAUACGAAUCGGAGGCUCCCUUAUCCUCUUCCUCAAAGCCGUGA